UGUGUUUGUGGCUUUAUUGCGCAGAAUGAAACCUUUGUUUUUAUUCACAAGUUAGACACACUCUCUAUAUAGAAUCUAUGAAGGGACAUUUCUGUAUUUUUUGAGGCCUAUAGUGAAAAAUGGAAUAUCUCAGGCAGCUCUGGAUGAAUUUCGCAGUCACCAAGAGGGGCAGGGUGGCUGCAGGUGGCCAGCAGCAGGGAUGGGCAUUGUGAGCCAUUGGAUGGGGUUAUGAGAAGUGGCAUUAUGAGCCACUGGCCUGACUUUGUUGUUUCCUGGUAACCAGGUGACAUAGGAGGCUUUGUCAUAACAGGCAUCAGCCAGGGCCAGCAGCCUUCAGUCGGAAGCUGGUAGUGGGAGGAGGAGGAGCUCCGACUACUCUCACGGAAGUGUUUGUGCCCUUGGCACUUGCUCUGUUGCUUUGCUUUUUCUUUUUUAUUUUGUGCGUUGCUUUGUUUUUUUUUGUGUGUGUGUGUGUUGCUUUGUUUUGUUUUUUUCUUUUUUUUAGUUGCAUUUUAGAUUUGGGGGUACGUGUGAAGAACAUUCAAGAUUGUUGCAUAGUCCCCUUGUAGGUCACCCAUGGGGAAUUGCCUAGGCCGCAGGGCUGGCCUCAGUUGUGCCUGGUGCCAGCGGGCAGUGGUGCCGUUUUGUGAAUGUGAGACUCAGUCUGUGGCAGCUGCAGCACCAGAAUCCACCACUGCAGAGGCUGCCGUGUUACAUCCUGGAAUGGUGGAGGUUCAGCAUGUGCAGCCCAUCAAGUCAAAGCGGCGCAAAGGUUUGGCUGGCCGCACCAGGAGCUGGAUACAAAAAAAAUGGAGGUGUAAGAAAAUUUGCCCCGCUGCAAAUGAAGCUCCUCUUCAAGACCCAAAGGAGUGUACACCUGAAAAGGUUAAGGAGGAGACAUCACCUGACAUGGAAAAUGCUACAGGUGAAUAUCACCACACUCCUGUUGAUGACCCAGAGGAGUGUACACUUGGCAGUGAGGAGGAGGAGGUGGCCUCUGACACGGAGAAGCCUGCGGCUUGGUGUCACCGCCGUCCUGUUGAGGUCCUACAGGACCUCAUCUUGGAAGACAUCGAGGACGAUGAGCUGCCCCGUGAUGUGGAGAAGCCUGCGGCUUGGUGUCACCGCCGUCCUGUUGAGGUCCUACAGGACCUCAUCUUGGAAGACAUCGAGGAUGAUGAGCUGCCCCGUGAUGUGGAGAAGCCUGCGGCUUGGUGUCACCGUCGUCCUGUUGAGGUCCUACAGGACCUCAUCUUGGAAGACAUCGAGGAUGAUGAGCUGCCCCGUGAUGUGGAGAAGCCUGCGGCCCAGUAUCACCACCGUCCUGUUGAGGUCCUACAGGACCUCGUCUUGGAAGACAUCGAGGAUGAUGAGCUGCCCCGUGAUGUGGAGAAGCCUGCGGCUUGGUGUCACCGCCGUCCUGUUGAGGUCCUACAGGACCUCAUCUUGGAAGACAUCGAGGAUGAUGAGCUGCUCUCUGAUGUGGUCACUGUGACAGCCUUAAAUGACCUCUCUCCUCCUGAGGAUUGCAGGAGCAUCACUACUGAGGAUGAUGGCGAGAGUUCAUCACUCGCUGUUUAUGAUCAACAAGAGUACCCUGCAGCAUGUCCCCAUAUGAAACCCUUUCAGGCAUCCCUCUCGGUUAUCACAGAGGAGUCAUCUUCAUCACUUUCCGAAUGGAUGAGAGAAUUUGUUCCAGCAGUAAUCUUGCCUGGGAUAGAUUCGUCAGAAGAAGUUAUAGCCAUUCACAAGGGAUACUCAACUUUAUUGGAUGACGGGCCUGAUCUUCAGCAGGAGGACCCUUCCGUUGAUGCUGCAUGGGUCAAGGAGGCUACAGGACUGCAGCAAGCUGAUCAACAAGAGUACCCUGCACCAUGUCCCCAUAUGGAACCCUCUCAGGGAUCCCUCUCGGUUAUUACAGAGGAGUCAUCUUCAUCACUUUCCGAAUGGACGAGAGAAUUUGUUCCAGCAGUAAUCUUGCCUGGGAUAGAUUCGUCAGAAGAAGUUAUAGCCAUUCACAAGGGAUACUCAACUUUAUUGGAUGACGGGCCUGAUCUUCAGCAGGAGGACCCUUCUGUUGAUGCUGCAUGGGUCAAGGAGGCUACAGGACUGCAGCAAGCUGAUCAACAAGAGUACCCUGCAGCAUGUCCCCAUAUGAAACCCUUUCAGGCAUCCCUCUCGGUUAUCACAGAGGAGUCAUCUUCAUCACUUUCCGAAUGGACGAGAGAAUUUGUUCCGGCAGGAAUCUUGCCUGGGAUAGAAUCAUCAGAAGAAAUUAUAGCCAUUCACAAGGGACAGUCACCUUUAUGGGAUGACGAACUGGAAGACUCCAUUGCAGGCAGCCAUCAGCAGGUGAAAGAAUGUUCUAAACCUACAGAAAAAGCAACAAAGAAGCUGAAAGUGAAGAAGGAAAGGAAAACCAGUAAGCCCAGGAAUAACACCAGGCGGCGAGCCCAGAACAUUUUGGACAUUUGUAAAAUAUGUUAGAAACCUCUGAAGGAGACCGACUCAAGAUGGCGCGGUGAGAACAACCCAAGAUUGAAGCUGUCAGUGAAUGUGCGGAGGCCUGUCGUUGCCGAGGCAACCCACAACAGAGAGACUCCGCUGCAGGGCAUAGCUUGUAGCAGGGCGGAGACCACAGCAGCAGGGCAGAGCCUGCAGCAACAGGGCGGACCUUACACCAGCAGGGCAGAGCCUCAGCAGGCAAAUAGUGACUAGACUGCCUCCUAGCUGGGCAGGACAGCGCAAUGGACACUCAUAAAGCAAGCCCCAACCCCCCGAGACAGAGCAACUGUUAAAAAAAGGGUUUUUUUUUUUUAUGAGUUCUGCUGCAGCAGAAUUAAAUGUAGCAGCCUAACAGCCCUGAAUGAACAACAGAACUCACAGCUCAGCACUUGACCUCCUAUAAAAUACAGACUGUCUCCUCAAGCAGCUCCCUGACCCCUCUAUAUCCAGAAGACUGACAUUUGGCAGGCAUCAUUCUGGGACAAAGAUAGCAGAAAAAGAAACUGGUAGCAUCCCUCACUGUUCCGCAGCCACUAUAGAUGCAUCCCAGAAAAGCAGGGCCUGGAGUGUACCUCAGCAGUCAUACAGUGGAGGGGUUAGACUGGUAGAAGGAAAACCAAGUAACAGAAAUACUUCAUCAACAAUCUGGGCGUCCACUCAGAGACCCAAUCGAAAAAUCAGCAACUACUCAGAUGACAGGUGGAUAAAUCCACAGAGAUGGGAAGAAACCAGCGCAAAAAGGAGGAAAACACCCAAAACCAGAACACCGUGACUCCUACAAAGGACCAAAACCCUUCACCAGCAAGGGAGCAAAGCUGCACGGAGAGUGACUGUGAUGAAAUGAUGGAAUUAGACUUCAGACGGUGGAUAAUGAGAAACUUUUGUGAGCUAAAAGAACAUGUUUUAGAUCAAUACAAAGGAACUAAGAACCUUGAAAAAAGAUUUGAGGAAAUGAUAACAAGAAUGGAAAACUUAGGAAUAUGAAUGAAUUGAAGGAGCUGAAAAACCCAAUACGAGAACUUCGCGAAGCAUGCACAAGUUUCAACAGCCGAAUGGACCAAGCAGAAGAAAGACUAUCAGAAGUCGAAGAUCAACUCAAUGAAAUAAAACGAGAAACCAAGAUUAGAGACAAAAGAGCAAAAAGGAAUGAACAAAGUCUCCAAGAAAUGUGGGACUAUGUGAAGAGACCUAACCUACGUUUGAUAGGUGUACCAGAAUGUGACGAAGAGAAUGAAUCCAAGCUGGAAAAUACUCUUCAGGAUAUUAUCCAGGAAAAUUUCCCCCACCUAUCAAGGCAGGCCAACACUCAAAUGCAGGAAAUACAGAGAACACCACAAAGAUAUUCAGCAAGAAGAACAACCCCAAGGCACAUAAUCGUCAGAUUCAACAGGGUUGAAGUAAAGGAGAAAAUACUAAGGGCAGCCAGAGAGAAAGGUCGGGUCACCCACAAAGGGAAGCUCAUCAGACUCACAACAGAUCUCUUGGCAGAAACUCUACAAGCCAGAAGAGAGUGGGGGCAAAUAUUCAACAUCUUUAAAGAAAAGAACUUUCAAGCCAGAAUUUCAUAUCCAGCCAAACUGAGCUUCAUAAGUGAAGGAAUAAGAAAAUCCUUUGCGAACAAGCAAGUACUCAGAGAUUUUGUCACCACCAGGCCUGCUUUACAAGAGCUCCUGAAAGAGGCACUACACAUAGAAAGGAACAACCAGUACCAGCCAUUCCAAAAUCACACUAAAUGCUAAAGAACAUCAACAAAAUGAAGAAUCUACAUCAAUUAACGGGCAAAACAGCCAGCUAGCAUCAAAAUGGCAGUAUCAAAUUCACACAUAAUAUUUACCCUAAAUGUAAAGGGGCUAAAUGCACCAAUCAAAAGACACAGACAGGCAAAUUGGACAAAAAACAAAAACUCAUCAGUGUGCUGUAUUCAGGAAACCCAUCUCACAUGCAAGGAUACACAAAGGCUCAAAAUAAAGGGAUGGAGGAAGAUUUACCAAGCAAA